UUUUGUGCAGUUUAGGUCUCGGGGAAAGAGAAAAAGGAAAAAGAAAAACCAAACGACCAACGAACCGAGGUAAACAGAAUGCUGAAGGCAGUCAGUGAAAGGUUGUUAAAUAAAGUCGGAAGCUCUGCUGGUCGGGGAAAGGCUGUAUCCUGUUUGCAUUAGGGAUUUGCGGAACUGCUGAACGGGCAAACAAUCAGGUGUCUAUCGGUGUGGUUGUGUUUAUUUACAGGCCUCCGUCUCACGUUACUCGCGUUACACGAAUACUGUAAUCGGUGAGAAAAUCCUGUCGGUGAAAUUUAAAACAAAAAAAGGGUGCGUGUGAAUAACCAUCAGGUGAAGUGAAAAGCGAUCCAAAACUAUUGGGGAAGCUACCGACGGCGAACGGAUGGGCGAACAAAGACAAUCAUCGAUCGAAAAACGGCUCACCGGAGCAGAGAAGUGAGUGGCCUGGUCUGGCCUGGCAGGACGAAUGGAAUGAGUCAGUCGGAAAAGCCCAAGGAUAAAGCACACAUCUAUGUACUUUAGACGUCUCUGCUGCUUCUCGGUCGUUCUGUUCCUUGCAUUGUCGUGGCCCUUUUCAACGGAAGCAGCCCUUUUGUAAAGCUUUGUUCGAAAUUCUCCUGUCGACUGACUAGAAAACGUUACACAAGUGAUGCAGCUCGGUACCACGUGAGUUGUGUGAGUGGAUAGUUUUUUAUUUCGGUCAGCUGCUAGACGGACCACCGGUUCGAAAACGGACCCAUUCCGAAUGUCAGCAAACGAAAACAGCUGAAAUAAACCACCCGGUCACCCAUUUUUUUACGCUCGCUUGCGGGGCUGAUGCACUCGCCACUGACGUUGUGUUGGUAACACACACACCCACACACACUCAGCAUUAUCCCCCCUGUGCCGUUCUGAACACCGUACUUCCGCUAUUGAUUGCUGCUAUCAAAAAUAUGCACAGCAAAACGAAGUGAUUUCAACUUUUUCCUCUCGGUGCUUAGAGGGUGGGGGCAGUCGGUCGUUUGAUUCUUCUUCAAAGAAGAGUAAGAGCAAAUAAAAAAAGUAGGAAAAGUGCUACAAUUGGAGAAAAUCAAUUUCGUGUAAAAUAUGUGCUCAUUGAAGCUCGACUCAAACGAGUAGUGAAAUGGAAAAAAUAAUGUGAAAAAUUGUGAAGUGAAUGCUAAGGAUUUCGGUCGGAUCGGAAGUGUUCGCUCGUCAGGUGUUGUGCUGUGUGCUACGUGUGUGCUACCGACUUAUACAAAACGGGACUUGGUUUUCCUACAACUGGAAGGAAGAUGCUGAAGUAAUUUUGAACAGACCAUAACUACAGAGGAAUGUCAUCGUUCCCAGGAAACUGCCGCAGCAACGCAAAUAUUGGAAAAAAAUAAUCUUACUAAACUAGUUCAGAGACUACCGGAAACUUCGCAUUAAAUCGAUUUAUAGUACAGCAAACCGAAUACUUCUUACCGACAGUUUUCCUUCUAACCAAAGAACAACAAUAGAAAGAAGAAAAAAUCGUUGACGGAGAUGAUCAAAAGGAAGAAAAACACUCUGGGAAAGUUCUUCGGUUGAGGCAGGCAACGUAUGCCGUCUAACCGCCCACCACCCACCGCCCACAGACGCCCACCACCCAAAAGCACCAAAUGAGCUAAAGAAGGGAAGUUUGUGUGCUUCCGGCAAACAGUAGUUUUUCCCUACUUGCUAUCUUCUGUCAUUGCUUCUUCGAGCUAGUGUGCUUGCAUAAAGGCUAUUGUCUCGACUAAUAGUGUUAAAAGCAGCUGCCCUGCCACCAUUUCCGGUUCUCGUGUUCUCGAUUCUUGUGUUGAAGGAAAAACAACAAUCGUCCGUGCUUUUUCUUUUCUUUUUUUGCUUCGACUCUACGUCUCAAUUCGUGCGUGAAACCGAGCUGCCGUGAGAGUUUCCAUCUGGUGUUCUCCUAGUCGUCUGUGAGGAAACGGGAAUUUGCUGUGAAAGAGAAUAAACAAGUGCCAAAGUUUUAAAGUCACGGCGGCCGCAAGGGAAGAGCAUAGAGCAUUCAAGUUGUGGAAUUGUUUUAGUUAGUAGAGUAAAAGUAAAGGCAAUCGUACUCGGCCACUGUUGGUAAAAUAAGCUAAAAAAACACUGUAUCAAAGCCCAAAGGGCUGGAAAAAGGUCCGUCAAGUAGCCAGCAAAGGUCAGGCCAAGUUUGUGAAUUCCAAGAAUCAGAAUCAGUUGCAAUCAGCGAGUAAAGAGCCGGGAAAAAAACAAGCUGGAAGCAAGUCGGAAAUAAACAAGCGCCAAACUGUUACUCUGCGGCUGUUAUAUUUUCGAACGGGGUGCCAAAGAUAGCAGUACGGAAGGUCUCAGGAGUGCCCUAGCCCGUCUCCGCAGAUCGGGCCCACUCCCCAACCCUUCCAGUCCUGAACAUACUGAAGUUGUCGAUCGUACGUCUUCACCGUCCCGAUGCCGCCAGCAGCGAGAACGGGAUAACUCCAGAUCACCGGCCCAAACACCAGCGCCCCCUUCCACACCGCGGAAAAUCAAAGUACCACAUCACAGUGCAAUGACAGUGCCCGUCACUCAGCCCCAGCAACCGAUGGAUAUCGUGUGUUGCAGCCCGAGUGCGGUUGGGUCCUCCACUCCGCCAGCCAGUGCCCAUCCGUCCAGUCCAGUGCACUCGAGUGGUUCCUCGGAAACGGACACUGUCGUCAGCACUCCGCCAUCGUCAUCCUCGUCGUCACACACAAACCCCAGUACGGCACUGCGUAGGUUCUACUUCCAGAAGGCCCGUGUCAGUAAAUCACCGAAAGCGGCCAGCGUCGGGGGAGCAAGUCCGGUCGGACUGUCAGCUGCAGUGGUUCAACCGGUCACGCCAUCCUCAUCACCGUCCUCGGCCGUUCCGAAGGUUAUCGUCAUGGGUUCUUCGACUACCUCGGAAGCGACGAUCAACACCUCGACGGACUCGGCGUCAACCCAUGUGACCAAUGUAACCACGACCACCGACACCGAGACGAACGAUUCGAUCGAUAUGGGUGACACUUCAGGACAGAGUGAGCCACUGCUUAGUUCCCUGGAAGAUGAAAGCUCCAGCAUCGUAAUGAACCAGAGCUUCGGCGAUGGAGAUGGCGAAAAUAUCACCGUAAUUAACGGUCCGGACACGCCAAUGAUGAUCAACUACCAGGAACUCGAAGAUCUCUCACCGAAAACACCGAAAAAUUCGCCGAAACUCCGCACUGCCGCCACUAAUGCGACCACUCGUUUCCCAUUCGAUCCGCCAAACUCACCGAAAUGUGCGUCCAAAUCGGCCCACGAAACGCUGUUCAACUUUGACGAUUCGCCCAAUCCGGUGCGUCGGCCACCGCCGAAAAUUUCACCGACCGAUUACACUCAGGAACCAGUUCCGCUCCAAGUCCAAGAAUGCAACAAAGAAAACCGUCCGAAAACGGUGGCGGAGGUGCAUUCCGGCACCGGAACACCAACCAAACGAGCGGCUCACUAUAAAUCCCGGAAGGAUCGAUUCAUGCAACAACAGCAGCAGCAGCAGCAACAUCAAAAACAGCAAAGUGGCAAAGCGUUGAACUCAGCACCGGCUGCUAGCGGUGGGAAGGGUCAAAAGUAUGACCCGGACAUGACGAUGUUCCCAUUCGAUCGGGAGGCCAUCGAUUACGAUCGGAUUCAACGGGAGUGCUUUGCGGUGGAAGAAGAAUUUCCCUUCCACCGGAAUCGCGACGAAUACUGCGACUCCCCGUCGAGGGCGACGAUCGAUCCGGAAAUAUUCAGCGACCAAUACUCGAUCUUCCAACAGUAUGCAUAUCUAACCCAACAGGAGCGCGAUGCCCUGGAGCGGACGAAUUCGAAACGAAACAAAAAGGAUCGGAUCGAUGCAUUCUCACCGAAGAGAAAAGGAACCAAUCAGCAUCCCAUUUCACCACAGCGUCUCUCCAGGUUCGACCAGAUCGCGACAAAGUUUGACAUGAUGCCCUCGAAGUAUGACAGCUCAACAAAAGGUCGCACGAAAAUGAGUGGAGUGAUGGGCGGAGGUGGUGGUGGUUGUGGUGGUCUUCCGGAUCUUCGGGUCGAUUACUUUGCGGAAACGUCUUGCUGUUCGUCCAGUGAUGAUCUGUCGACACCGGGGAAAGUGAUACCGUCGUCAUCGAUCGGUUCUUCGGCGGCAGACGGAGGAAAAGCGCAUGCGUCCGCGACGACAUCGGCUGCCGCUGGAUUACGAUCGGCCGAACUCGUCGGAGGAGCAGGCGCGUUGGCAACCGGGGCUAUAAAUGUUACUCCCAAUCCGAUGGAUGGCGCAGUUUGUACGCAACCUCGGGCGACAAUAGUCGUACAACAACCUUCGCUGAGCCUAGACUACUCGUCGGUGGAGACGAUUCUGCUGAAAAACGAGGGCGACUUCAUCAGUGUCGAGCAGGGCAAAGAGUUGUCCCGAAAGAAGAAACAACAGCAACAGCAGCGGGAGGAGAACAUGAGGCAGCUGCUCGACGUCACCAACUCGCUGACGACGGAGGAAAUUAAGGAUUUCGAAAUGAGAUAUGGGAGUCCACAUCACAGCCGAUCUCAAUCAGUGAAAACACCCGGUAGCCGAGCAUCCGGUCGACCAAAUCAGUUAUGUCUGCCACAGCAACGGUCCAGAGUGGCAUCGAUGCCCAACACCGGUGUCGAAGAGGAGUACUACAGGCUAAGGCAUUUCUCAAUAACCGGCAAAGGAGUCGUUAAUAGGGGAGACUCACUCAAAAGUCGUCGGAGUAAAUCUAACACCAGCGUUGCCAGUUCCAAUUCGAGCACCGAGCAUCUAACAGCGGUCGGGGCAGGCUCAGCCCGAACAUCGGCCACGUGUAGCUUGGCGUCCAGCCGGGAAAGCAGUACUUCGAACCCAGCUUCCGGACCGUACAAAGUGCUGAUGUUGGGUGGUGCUGCCGUCGGAAAAAGCUCAUUAGUGUCGCAGUUUAUGACAUCGGAGUACCUUCAUGCCUACGAUACCAGCAUAGAUGACGAUUCGGGUGAAAAAACGGUCUCGGUACUUUUGAGUGGCGAAGAAUCCGAACUAACCUUCAUCGAUCACAGUUAUAUGGACAUGACGCCCGAGAACUGCAUGUCGUCGUACGAUCCACAUGGAUACUGCGUAAUUUACUCGUCCGCAGACCGAGGCAGCUUUCAAAUUGCCGAACAGGUCCUGCAGGUGCUGUGGACCACAGAAAACAUUGCUCAAAAGGCAGUCAUUUUGGUGGCAAACAAGGCCGAUUUGGCGCGCAGCCGAAUGGUUACCUCUGACGAGGGCAAACAGAUGGCAACACAAUACGACUGCAAAUUCAUAGAAACAUCCGUCGGAAUCAACCACAACGUAGACGAGUUGCUAGUAGGUCUGCUUUCGCAAAUUCGACUAAAACUGGAGAAUCCAGAAAAGUCCAGGGAUUUAUUCCGCAAGCGGUCGAUUCGAAAGUCCAAACGACGUGCCUGCUCGCCACUAGGGGGCGCGAUUUGCCUGUCCGGACUGGGUGGCGGAACCAAUCCGAGCACACCGGUAUCGACGGGUCCCAUCCCGGGCGGUGGGUUGGCAGAUACUCCGCCCGGCAGUGCCCACAGCAGUCCCCGCAAGUACCGGGGCUCUCGAACGUCGGCCAGUCUCAAAGUCAAGGGACUGCUGGGCCGCGUCUGGGCACGCGAUUCCAAAUCCAAGAGCUGUGAAAACCUGCAUGUACUGUAAAAUGUAUGCUGUGUAGUGAUUCGUUCCAUGAUCCUCGAUUUAUACUUACAUGUAUGUUAGCAAUCGAAUACAGUGUGGCCAAAUCCGAACAAAUGUAUAGCUCGGGACGAUUUUUACUUUUAUUAGCAAAGAGGUAUUCUAGUUGGAAACGAUUUCACUUUUAUUUAGGAUAAUGAUCUAAGUGACAUUAAAUAGUAUCACAAAAAAAAAGCAGAUGAAAUCGGUUUCCUUUGUCGGAUGCAAAUUAUACUUAGCUUACGGUUUUUUUUUGUACAGUGAUAUGAAUAUUUGAACCAAUUUGCAUGAAAUCAAAAUAUUUAGGGCGUCGGUAUUAUUGUAAAGUGAAAAAUUAAAUACUUCACGUGAUUAGUUUGUAAUGGAAGAUCCUUUUGGAUUAUAUGAGAAAAAAUCUUCUUUAAUAUAAGUUUUUCAGGCGCUACACUUUAUCAGUUUUGUAUUCCUGUUAUUAACAAACCCCUUUACAUUUAUCUUUUAAAGAUUGGCAUUUAUUUGAUAUCACCUGUUUUUAAAUUUAAGUUAAUAUAUUGCUCAGACUAAGUCAACACUUUUGGUUUUUUUUUCUUUUGUUUUGUUUGUCAUCUCCUCCACUAUAUCUCUGUCGUCCAUGUCCUAACAGUUAUCAGAUGAGAAGAAAAUCAAAUAUAUCCAUAGCUUCGAGCACCAGAAGCCCGCAAGACAUCGAAAGAAGUUCUUUCCAGCAAUCCCAACAAGUGAAUUGACUUUAUAAUGAAACUUUAUUACACCAACAGAAGUAAGUGCCUUCUUUAGUUAAUUAUUCCAUUUUUGCGUUUGCGUGGUGAUGGUGAUAUAUCUUGAGGAAAUUGUACAAGCAAGUUACAAAUAAUGUCGAUCGGUUUACGAAGAGUUUAUGGUUAUCGAAGACCAUGCGUCUCCUUUCAUUUUUUCUACGUGGAGAAGCCUUAUAUAAAAAGUCGCACAAAAGUGCUUCCAAAAGAAUUGAACAUUUUAUAAACAUAAGUUGUUUAUCGUCGCAGCUAAAUCUCAACCGUUUUGACAGUCGUCAUCCACAUUUUCAUGUCGUUUUUGUUUGAGAUAACUGAAACUGACACAGGGUAGUUUCAUCAAACAAACGCUUUUCACUAAUCUGUAUUGAUUUCGCACUUAGCAACGGGGGUUUGAGCAAACCUGAUAUAAAAACCAGGCUCGAAACUGACUCGAUUUUCAGUUCAACAACGUUAAAACUAGGUUCGAAACUAGUUUCAAACAGACGGUUUGACAGCAGUUAGGGUGGAAACUGGGUUAGGUUUGGUAUCAAGCGAAAACGACAUCAGUUUCGGUUGGAAAUCAAACACAGUCGGCGAUGCCGAUUUUUAGGUGACUUGCACUGAACUGCCCAGACUCGCCUAGGGCUAUUGUACCAAUAGUCAUUGGAGUCGGUCAUACUGAGAAAAAGAUGGAUAUACGUUUCUUAAAUAUGUAUCUUUUUCAGCUACUGGAGAGUACACAAAAUUAAAUUUCAUCUCAAGAAAUCUCGCCCAUUCAAUCGAUCAUCUUCAAACUUUCAGGAUCAAAUCAAAUGCCAUGGAAACAAUACAAGUAACAACGGAAGCAAACAUAUGUUUACAUUCAGUACUUAAUGAUUUUUUGCCACAACUGACUUUUUACUUUCUUAUUGUAAGAAUCACUGGAUAUAAGGCAAAAUUGCUCAAUAUCGUUCAAAGCAAAGCCUUGGUAUUAUAUUCCUGUAGUGGAAUUUGACCUUUUGUUUCAACAGACUUCGCAGCCGAUUCACAGUGUACAGAACCAUGGCUGGUGCUACGAUUCUACUGACACUACACCCUCAUUAGCGGCCCUUACACGAGAAUUAUUAAUGUCAUUUUUAAUUAUCACUAAGUAAUGAUGUAUUUCAAAUUUGAUAGAAAUCUCAUCAUUACUGCGCCAUCACACGUUCAUAAAAAUGACAUUAUUUUUUAGUAAUGACACUUUUAAUGAUAGUGUAAGGUCCGCUAUUGAACAUAACUCUAAAUUGAGUGACACAUCACUCAAAUUCAUUUAAAGUGCACGUACUCUAAACUUGAGUUACCACCUAUCUACUCAUUUUUGAGUUAAGGGACGAAAUUGUCAAAACUUGAGUAAUUUUUACUCAAAAUAAGAAAAAAAUAUUUUGCUCAAAAUUUGAGUAAGUACAACUCAAAAUUUGAGUUCCUUGCACUCAAAAUGAAGAAACUUUUCUUCGUUAUUUUCAUAUACAAAGUUAUUCUCCCUUUCUUUUGCGAAAAAAAGUAAUUCAAAACCGUUUCUUUUUUAACGGUUUGGAGUCAAAAUUGAAUUAUUUUGAUAUCCUUAUGUUGGGCUUUUCACUAAGCAUAACUGAAACCACAAAGCAUCGAUGAUUGGCGUUGAUUCAUGUUUUCAAAACCGGAUCUAGAAACGGAAAUGGAAAACGACGUAUUCUUGUAUUCUUUAUUUCGGUAAGAAUAUUCCAAGAAUGAAAACGCUCUGAACUGCAAGAAGUAUUUUUUCACUCAAAUGUUUAAAAACUCAUCGUUUACUCUAAUGUAUGAAUAAAUGCGAGAGAACUCAUGGCAACGAGUUUACUUUUCUCAAAUCCAUACUCAAAUUUUGACAUAUUGUUCCACUUUAUGAAUUUGAGUAAUCGCAACUCAAACCAUGAGUUAUGUUCAAAGAGCGUGUACGAAUCAGAGAAGCCAGAUAUUUUUAUAGAAAAUCUGUAUCUUCUUAUACUCAAAAUCUGUAUUUAUCUGUAUUCACGACUAAAACGAAAUUUUCGCGAUAAUAUCACCAUUUUACGAUUGAAGAUGAAUAUUAGUAGAUAUCUACAAUCUUUUUGAAUAUUUUCUGUUUCAAUUAUUACUAUCAGCAACCCCUCCCUCCGAGUCUUUGACCAGCAUAAUGAGCUUCACUCAAAAUAAUAAUCAUGUUAUAGUUACGUGAAAAGUUAUGUGAAUAUUUUCCACCCUACUCUUCACGUAGGUUUUAAUGGACUGGCAUUUAAAAGCUGUUCAAUGCAUAAUCCAGUAAAAGUUACGUGUUUCAUAGGUAAAAUGUAAUGUACUGUUCAUAUCACAUUUACCUAUCAGUUCAUAUCAUAUUUAGAUACCAGGGAAUUACUAUUUUUUAUAUUGGUUGAAGUCAAUAGGGAGAUUUCAGAUUUUUAUAUAAAUCUAUGAAAUGAAAAAUACGAUGGAAAAUAACUCAUUUAUUUCAGAAAAUUAGCAUAUAAUUUCAAUAGCUAAAAAAGCAACUAAUAACGUCGUGGUAUCUCAAAUCGACAAGCCUCCAGAAAUCGUUUUUGUUGUCACUGCCAUCCAACCGAAGGCGAAGUCGAGAUCCAGGAACUCUCACAACACUACCGAUGCAGGUUGAAGUCGCAUUACAUGGUUUCAGUGUCUCUAGCUUCAUACCGAUUUUGAACUCGUUUUUCGGUGGACAACGACCUGUUUGAAGCAAUCAGCAGGAGGGGACAAACUUCCGGACUCACGCAGACAGUCGGUACAGUUGAACACAUGGAAACUUCCAUACUGGAAUGGUCCGGACGAUGUAGUGAAAAAUUGUAAUUAAAUAACAUUUCUCGCAAAUAUUUACACUACUUACACUUUGAGGGCCACUGAUCGCCAUUUUCAAAAUCGAACUUUACACCCUGGAAAUUCACGUAGAUUGUUUGAUGUUUGGUCGAUUCACGUAAAACUUAUGUGAUGACUCUAUUCAUUUUAGAGGAUGUUCGUAUAACAUUCAUUUUCGUCACGUAAAAUAUUCAAUUUGACAUUUGAAACCAUUUUACGUGAUUUUUCAAGUGAAUCGAACGUGCAUUUUUAUUUGAGUGUUUGCUAAACUUUUGAGUAUGCGCAGAGUUCUUUGAGUUAUUGAGUCGACAUGGGAUUUCAGUGCCUAAUCUGCGAAUUCAAGUUAGAUCAUAGUCAUAGAUGUGUAGGUUUAAAGUGUCGUUUUGUUGUCAACAUAUAGCGGAUAAAAUCUAUUCGUUUGUUUUUUCUUGAACCUGUUGUUGUUCAAUACCUGUUUUUUUGUUCACAUGAUUUCGAGAAAAAACAUGCUUUUAUUUUGUGUUAACCAUGUCGAAUUUCGAGCCAAAUAAAAACAUUUGUGUGGCAAGACAUGAUUUUAUUGUUCAAUUAUGUGAAAAAAGUUCCGAGUUCUUGUUGAGACUUAUGGGGAUCUUUUAAAUCGACCACAAAUGUAUGUAGGACUCAAAUGAAACAAAAAUAAAAUAAAAUAUGGCCGAGCAUUUAAAUUUCAUUCGGCAAGCUAUUUCUGAUAGUCUAAAAGCCUUGGGAAAAAUUUAAAAUGGUUGGUAAAUGGGUUCCACACAAACAGAAUGAACAUGCAAAAACCCCAGUGCGAAAGGCUCCUUUCACGCUUCGAAAAAGAAAACUACAUUGAACCACCAACCUGGGACGUUCAUACCGACGACACGAUCUGUCACUCGUGUUUGAAAACUGUAUCGCAAAUUUAACUACCCCUCAGUAACUCGUAAUGUCAAAAUGGUAUCGCAGAAAAAAAUACCGAAACUGGCAACUCAACUGUUGUAAUUCGAAUAACAGUUAUCGUAACCUUAGUUACAAAUUUAUUACUGUUAGUUAUUUACGUAAAACAACAAUGGCUCGAAUGCUAAUAAAAUGGAGAGAAAAAAAACUUCAAUGGGAAAUGGAGCAAAUAUUUUAGAUUUAUGAAGCAUAUGAACCAGAAUCACUAUGUUUUCGUGAUAUCGAAAUGAUAUGAUAUAUUCUAGAAAACCGAACCGCAAUAAUGAGCGGAAACUAUCUCAAUGUUUUUAGAAACUAUAUUAAGAGAUUGUUAGAAUAACGAAACAAAAGGGAUGAAAUAUUUUAGAGUGAGCUGAAUUUGUGUCAUGUACCGUACCGUAGUCUUCCUAAUGAUAAUGAUAUCAUGUCAUAUGUAGUUUUGUCAAUGAUACUGAACUCAUUUAUAUUGGGCGAAUUUUAUACUAUUUCUAAACUCACUGAGAAAUGGGGUCAUUCAUCGGACCAACUACGCAACGUAUUAGAUCAACGAAGGACUUCCGUUGAAAGGUUUUUCUCGCCGGGAAUUUUACGACUAUGAAUUCAAAGUAGAUCAAAUCAUCAUCAUUGUUUUUUUUUUUGUAUACCACUAUGGUACACUAUUAUUUCAUGACCAAUUAAUUAUGCUCACGCUUGAACAGUUCGUGACGUUUGGAAAAUUUUUGGAAAAUUACGAUCAAGCUUUUUAGUUUGAUCAAGCAGGGAAAUAACAAAAAUAAAUGCAUUAUUUGUUACUUACAUAAUUUGUUAAGGGUCUAUUGAAAAUAACUUAAAUUUAAUUAUGGUGUUUUGAAUCGAUAUUACAGAACGCAGCAAUUUUAUCAUCCUCAUUUUUCCAUUGAUUUUAACUUCUGUGAGGGACCUUUUCGUAUUACGAGAAUAUUGAGUUCAUAUUUGAUGAAAUCUGCAUAAAAUUUUCAAAACGACGAAUGUAGCAUUUCAGCUGAACCAAGAAAAGCGAUGUUGAAAAAUAAUUGCACUAUUUUAAAUCCUAUUUUAAAAUGAGUAAUUGAAACAAUUUCAUCUCUUCACUAAAUCGUCCAAUUUGUAUGCGUGCAACGGAUCAUAGUAACUAGUUCACAAUUUUCAACUACAAAGAUAACUUUUAGGCAAAAACGACACUUACGUCGUUUGGAAUUUGAUCACGUACAUUGGACAGUAUGAUAGCAAAGAUAAAUAAUAAAGACAUGUAUGUGCUUACAAAUAUUAAAAAAAAAUCUGGUUCGUUCCCGGUACUUUAUAAAAUGACCGCACUCACCGCUUGGUGGAGCGCAAAAUUAAUUGCAUUGUUAUCAUUUCAAUCAAAGUGUGCCAUAAAAUCUCAAUAUUUACAAAUGAGCUAACAAUCGAAAGGCUUCUCACGGUUUGACAGUUGCAUUAUGAAUGUGAUGAUGGGAACUCAGCAGUGCAACCAAUUUAUUACUAUUGGUGCCAGUUUCACGGAGGACCGUAGAUGCGCGCCAAAAAAGAUCGUGACUGUCAUGUCUGGAAAUUCGUUUGUGAUGAUAGGUCGUUUUUUCCUGGUUGAUUUGACACAUAGGUCGUUUUGAUUCUGUUAGUUACGUCGUUUUGCGAAAGUCACAGUGUUCAUUCGUCGUUUUGUUACUCGCACUUGUGUGAAAGCCAAUUUUGCUCGAAAACAUUAGUAAGAACUAGUUUUGCAUGUCAAGUGGAAAAAAAUGACAGUCGAAUCGUUGUUAGUGUUUUGAUAACUUUCGCUUUUGUUUGACGAAGGAUUCAUAACGGUUUCUGCGAUUGGAAACAAAUCAGUUUCUUUCCAAAUUUAUCAGCGUAUUUUUAACAAGCUUAAUAGCAACUCGACCCCAUUAAAUAUCUCUAACUCCACUGUAAGUCUCACUUUCAUAAUAUCACACUAGAUCUGCUUUUCCGAGAAAAACUAUUUUGUCGUAAGUCCGUGCAUACACUUUUGUUUCUGCUUUGGUACAACAUUGCUAAUUGACGAAAGUAGCAUUAAUGAUUAUUUUUCAUUGAUUUCGACAUACGUCAAAUGUGUUGACAGAUUUUUUAGUGAAUCAAGAAACGGUGUUCGGGUAGUGCGUGUAUUCGGACAUUCCUAACAAAAUGCAAUUAAAAUCUCGGUUUGUUUACUUUCGUUGCUUAGGUCGUAAUGAACAUUUUAUACAGAAAUGUCAGAAGCAGUUCUUUUGCAAUUCGUUUGACCUGUUACAGUCGUACCAACCGCAAUUUGUCAUGACAUGCUAGGCAAUGAUUAUUAUGAAUUCGUUUGUACCCACACUUCGAGCCCCGACCUGGAAGGAUUCUUAUCGUCAGUAGGAUCCAUAGUACUAGCCAUGCAAUGAUUCUGUACGCUAUAUUAAUCGGGUGCGAAAUCUGUUGAAACAGAAAGGCCAAAUUCCACAAAACGAAUGUAAUGCCAAGACUUUGCUUUUUGUACAAACACAGUUAUAUCGUUUUCGUUUGAGCAAACUGCAACUGACCCAGGGUAGUUCCAUCAAACGAACACUUUUCACGAAACUGCGUUGGGUUCGCAGCAAACCUGAUAUAAAAACCAGGUUUGAAAUUGACUCGAUUUUCAGUUCAACAACGUUGAAAUAAGCUUCUAACAAACGGUUUGACAGCAGUUAGGGUGGAAACUGGGUUAGGUUUGGCAUCAAGCGAAAACGACAUAAGUCUUCAUUUUACUAGCGGACAAAACAUUAACGCUCGUUCAUACCAUACAUUUUCGAAAACUUUUAUCAUAAACUAGCUGAAUCACCCGGCGUUGCUCGGAAAUGUUUCGUAAAGGGAAGGCAAAAAAAAAAUUCUCGAAGUUGUCCUGCUUAGUGAAAUACUCUGAUGACAAAGAAACACAACUUAGACGACAACCCUCCGUUCAUGUUCAGAUUGCGAAUGAUCAAUAUCCUAUCUAAGAUGAAAGUUUUCUCUUCCCAGGACACGUUUGAAGUAUUGAGUUUUUGUAAACCAGGAAAACCAAAUCAUAGAAAAAUUGCAACUGUGCAAACACUUUAUGUUACCAUUAUUUUAUUAUUCACGUAAAUCCUUUGUUCCAAUUUUACUCGUUUUCUGCCUGAAACGUUGCUAACAAUAAACUGACAAAGUUAGAAUUCGAUCUGUGGCGCGACAUGUGUCGACAAGGCCCGUAUCCGAGCGAAAUGCGCUGCGGAUCGUAAUUGAAAAAUUCAUUGCUCCGAAAGUAUUGAUCUUUCCACUCUGAAACUUUGCCAAGCUUGAGUUAAACUCCUAAGGCUUCCUUUUCAAAAAAAAAUCAGGCCCAAGUUUGAAUUUUUUUAUUUGUUCAUUAAUUAUUAACUUUUUUCAUUAUAUUAACUUUAAAGGUUGAUUUAUGGAAUCGGUUAUUUGAAAGCCAAGGAAAAGACGCACAUUUCAUGUCUUGGACGACUUUUUGUAUCUUUAUUGGAUUUACAGUAUAGACUGUUGAAAAAAGCCUCUUUUUCGAAAACGCAAAAUUUCAAAAAAUCAUAUCUCGAAAAUUCCAUGUAUCAUAUUGAAAUAAAAAAAAUACGUGUCGAAUAUUUUCGAGUUCUUUACCGAAAAAAAAUUGGGAAAAUUUUUGGGUGGUUGAUUUUGCGUGGAAUGCCCCAUAUAUAGAUUUCUAACCACACUUCCAAUUAUAUGGAGGAAAAAUUAUGUUGCUGCGUUAAAUACAACAAAAGAUUCUUGUAGAGGAUAAAUUUAGGAAAUUUUGAAAAGGCGCCCCUUUGAGUAAAGUAUGUCGCAUUCACAAUCACUUUAAAAUUAGCCCGCUCAUCGAGUUAAGCAAAUUUUCCAUAGUUCACCAUUAUAUUUAUUCAUAUCUGGCUGCUGGUUCCGGAGUUAUCGGUUGGUGAGUGUUUAAUCAAAAUCAAAAUGAGCUAGUUUUUAUCCUCGCUACCUUAAUAUUUUGACACAGGUUGAAAGAUGCUAAAGAAAUUUCGUGCAAAAUCAAUAAAAGAAGAUUAAAUUGAAAUCGAUCGACUAUAAAAAAAAUAUCAAAGUUUGUAAGUGUUAUCGUACAACUCAACGGGCAAAACGUCCAAUUUCGAGCAGUUUAGAAUUAUCCGUAUCGAUUCCUCCAGGUAUGUCACCAUUUGAUGCAAUCGUUAAAAUUUUGUUGAUUCAGCUAGAUAUGAAAUACCAAAAAAAACCAUUAAUGUUAAAGUAGACCAAAUCCCCCCAUUUGUCGUAAGGGCCAUAACUAUUAACAAUACCUAUAUGAAAUUAACAGUGACAAACAUUCUAACAGAAACAAAUAAUAAAAAAAAAUACAUUUCCUAGUCCAGUCCUGCCUUCAGAUAUUCGAUCCACUUCAGAAAGUUUGUAGAUUUUUACACAUACGAUUAGAACAGAUCAGUGAAUCUAAACCAAAGUAGAGCAGUAUUAAAAAACCGUUUAACAAAAAAAACGAAUACAAAUCAAAGUCAAAUAAUGAAAGCAAUCAAACCGAUAAUUGGAUUGAUUUCUCGUAGGUAGGAGUAGGGUACCUGUGUAGUUGAUAGAUUUUUUAUUUUCUAUUUAAAUUGAACCAACCUGUUUCCAAUCUUCUCACUCACAAAGUAAUGCACGACGGUGCAAAAUUUUCCCCAUUUCUCAAUCAAUCGCGAAGUCAAGCGAAAUGACGCUGGUUCGGUAUGUGGUGUCUAAUAAAAAAUCAAUCUGCAUGUAUUUUGUAUAGAAUUUCUCUUGCACCUCAUGAUGAUGAUGAUGAUGACGAUGUAAAACAGAACCAGGAUGAACAAGACACGUAAUCAAAAACCAAUCGCUACCAAAAUCUAUCAAACGAGGGCAAAAUCUGUUUUUGAUGUUUAAUCAAAUUUAAAACUUGUAAGAAAACCGAGAAGAUGAAACUUUGUAGAAAAUCUGGAUGGGAAAUUGUCCGAGUGCUGAUUCGUUUUUAUUUUAAUUGAUUUCGAUGCCAAUUCCGUCAUUCCUCAUUACAUUUAAUCACUUGAAGAAUCAUUGACCAUUGUGAUCGGAAUAAAUUAGAUUCAGAUUAAUCCGACACUUUAAAACAGAUGUCUCGAUGGACAAGCUAUUUAUAACUAUGAAAAAAAAAGCUCAAAAUGAUAAACAUCGUAAAUCGUAACAUGUAAUGAAAGCACUAAACGUGGAAUAAAAAAAAAAACAACUCCGCUAUCGUCGAUGGCGUCCAAUUGUCGGAAUGAUAAAUUUCCGCCCAUUCGGAUACUUUGCAAUUAUAGCUGAGCCUUUUUAUUACGUUUCGAUAGCUUCGUAAUUGAUGCUACACUACCCCGGAGAUGAACCGAAUUAUUUUCCAAUCAAUACUGCUUUAUGAUUCGCGUUCGUGGACUGGGGCCAACAGACCCUCGUAAAUGAGCAAAUUAAAAUGCGAUAUAAUGACAUGGCCAUUUAUUAUCCUCUCUGCUGGAAAAUUCAUAGCCCUCCACAGAAAAGCAUAUAAAUUCACUGCCCAUACUGGAAUCGAUAGAUGUAAAAAAAAAAACCGUACAUGAGAGUCGGCAUUUUCGACAAUUUUUCAUCCACUUACAGAACAGCGAAUCGAGCGGAAUAAACCGAAAACACACAAAGUUAAACGAUAUUCAAAUGUAACUCAUACUCCCAUUAAAAAAAAUAAUGCAUAUGAUUAAAAGAAAUGAUAAAUAACAUUUUUGGGUCCAGCUGUAAUCGCACACAUUGAAAUUAAGUAAGACAAAUACCACGUUAAACUAUCAAGACCCACUUGUUCCGGAGGUAGAACGAGAUAAAAGGAUAGAAUGCUUAUCAGACAGAGUAGCGGAUUGGUAAUAGGCAGAGUGUGAUCACACAUUUUGAUUAAAUAAUACGAACGAGUCGAUUGAACAUGGAAGUGAUAAAAAGAAUUUGUCCGCGACGAGCGAAGAUAUCUAUCUUCAAGCAAUAGACGAACAGUAUUCGGAGCCGGGGUUUAUUAAAACUUUAUAACUUUAACACUGUA